UCCAUCUCUCUAGCUGUUUCUAUUUCUAUUGACAGAGAAAACCCUAAAGCCACACAGAGACAGAGAGAGCUUCAGAGAGAGAGAGAGAGAGAGAGAUCAGAGUAUUUAAAGGGAGUGGUGGGUGAAGAUGUCUGCAACAGCUGGUGGUGGUGGUGGUGGUGGUGGUGGUAGUGGUGGUCAAGAGGAGGAAAAGAAGCCAAUGGACCAGCACAUUAACCUCAAAGUCAAGGGCCAGGAUGGUAAUGAGGUGUUCUUUAGGAUCAAACGAAGCACCCAGUUGCGGAAACUCAUGAAUGCGUACUGUGAUCGUCAGUCUGUGGAGUUCAACUCUAUUGCAUUCUUGUUUGACGGGCGCAGACUCCGAGGAGAACAGACUCCAGAUGAGCUUGAGAUGGAGGACGGUGAUGAGAUCGAUGCUAUGCUUCACCAAACUGGAGGUGGGAAUGGCGGCCCUUAACUUCAAACUGUGCUUACACAGAUAUGCAUGGAUAAUCCAUGUCAGGGAGAGUUUUUGUGAAGUGCAAAGUUUCCUAUUUUGCUUUAUGUAAUUAGAAAUGGAUCUUAUGAAGAAUUUGAAAAGUUAAGUUGAGGUUGUGUACCAAUGAUACUUCGGACUUUAACGCCUGGUUAUCGUCUUUGAGUGCUAUAAUAUGCUCUGUGAGCUUGUUUUGAUAUUCAAACAGUCUCCAAUAGUACAAUAUGCUAGCAGUCUAUUUUGUUA